AUGGGCAGCACGACUGAGCCGCAUGUCGUCAAUCUCCCGCAACUCUCGUGCGGGGACGCAGCAACGCUUUCAGGCGACGACCUCUUUACUAUUGUUGAGUCAUGGAUCCGUGAUUUUGACGAGGUAUUGAAGGCUGGAAAUUGGAACAGCUUACAAUUGCUGAUUCACCAAGAGGCGUGGAUGCGUGAUCUGCUUGGCUUGUCGUGGGAUUUUCGAACCCUCAGCGGCCAGGACAAAAUAUUGCAAUAUUUCCAACAAAAUCUCCGGUCUUCUGGUCUACAGAAUCUUCGGCUACGGAGUUCAGGAGCCUUUCAACCCAAAUUGAAGCAACUGCCCAGUGUGGAAUGGGUUGAAGCUAUGUUUGACUUUCAGACAGCCGUAGGGCUUGGCUCCGGUAUACUUCGACUCGUAAAGGAAGCCUCUGAUUGGAAAUUGUUUAUGAUUAGUUUCAUGUUGCAAAAGUUGAAGACAUUUGAUGAGACCACGCAUUUUAAUAGACCGCACGGAGGAAAUAACUCCCUUGACGAGACGGGGAAUUGGCAAGAACGACGUCAAAGACAGACACAGUUUUUGGAUAAAGACCCUGCUGUUGUUGUUAUUGGGGCGGGUCAGUCAGGAUUAGAUGUGGGCGCUCGACUUGGGCAACUAGGUGUAUCGACUCUCAUUGUUGACAAGAAUGAUCGAAUCGGAGAUAAUUGGCGUAAUAGGUACAGAACCUUGGUUACACAUGACCCCGUCCAAUAUACACACAUGCCCUACAUCCCUUUCCCAUGCAGUUGGCCAAUGUUCACGCCCAAGGACAAGCUCGCAGAUUGGUUUGAAGCAUAUGCGAGCCUGAUGGAACUCAAUGUCUGGAUGAAGACAACAAUUGAAGCUGCAUCUUUUGACGACGCAACCGGAACAUGGACUUUAAUUCUUCGACGAGGAGACGGCUCUACAAGAACGUUACACCCACGACAUAUUGUCUUUGCCACCGGCCAUUCCGGAGAGGCACUCGUCCCAUCAUUCCCCGAUCAAGAUAAGUUCAAAGGAACCAUUUAUCACACCAGCGCCCACAACGAUGCAAGUCAUCAUCCGGAAGUGGCUGGUAAAAAGGUCGUUGUUGUUGGUACUGGCAACAGCGGCCACGACAUUUGCCAAAACUACUACGAGAAUGGCGCAGACGUGACCAUGCUGCAACGAAGUGGAACAUACGUAAUUACAGCCAAAAAGGGCGUGUUUAUGCUCCACGCUGGCCUUUACGAUGAGACUGGGCCUCCAACUGAGGAUGCAGAUAUCUAUGGACAGAGUAUGCCUAUCCCCGUGGCCUUUAACCUGAGCUCACUUCUAACCAAGAGCAUUGCAACUACGGAUAAGAAUAUUCUGGAAGGGCUGGCCAAGGCAGGGUUUGAGCUAGAUUUCGGUCCCCAAGGCGCUGGUAUUCUGAGGAAGUAUCUCACGCGGGGAGGUGGCUACUACAUAGACGUGGGAUGCAGUCAACUCAUUGCCGAUGGCAAAGUCAAAGUCCGACAGAGUCGCGAUGGCAUCAGGGCUUUCGAAGAAGAUGGCUUGAUUCUGGCAGACGGAACAAAACUGCUAGCUGAAAUAGUAGUCCUUGCUACUGGAUAUGACAACAUGCGCACAUCCGCCCGUAAGAUUUUUGGCAACAGGGUUGCGGAUCGGUUAUAUGAUGUGUGGGAUCUGAAUGACGAAGGGGAAUUGAAUGCGAUGUGGCGAUACAGCGGGCAUCCCGGCUUUUGGUACAUGGGCGGCAAUUUGGCCCUGUGCCGGAUUUACUCGCUGCUGUUGGGCCUGCAGAUUAAAGCGUGCGAGGAAGGUCUGUAUGUAACGCCUGAAACAGGAUCAACAUGA